CAGGCCACUUGUUUCAGUUUCGGCCUUGGUGUCGCUCCAGGUGCCACAGACUUGCCUCUUGUCGUCCCCAAGAGCUUGCCCGUUGCUGGCCUGCUCUUCGUUGGGUCCAGACCCUGCAGCCCCGCCUUUUUGCCCUCUUGCCUUCAUCGCCCCGCCCCGCCCCGCCUCGGCCCAUGCCCGCUGCAGCCUCUCGCCUGUGUCUCUGCGCUUCCUCGGCCUGGCCACGGUCCUCCACCUCUCGAUUCCUUCCGUAUCUGCGCUGAAUCUCAGCCUCACUCCCCAGCCAAUCCCUUCCUCACUCCCCUCAAUGUCGAAGCGAAAAGUCGUCUGUGUCGGCGACGAGGGCGUCGGCAAAACAUGCAUGGUCCUCCGUCUUUUGAAUGGCUCUUUUCAAGAGGAGCACGUUGCUACCCUCGAGGAGAGCUACUCGCUGCCCUCCCAGCCCGAUCUGGAGAUCUGCGAUACCGCCGGUGCCGUGGCCUUUGACCGGCUUCGACCCUACGCAUACGAGCGCGCCUCAAGCUUUCUGAUUUGCUUCGCCGUCGAUAGCAUUCCGUCUUUCAAGAGUGUCGAGGAGAAGUUCGUACCCGAGGUGCGAUAUUACUGCCCCAACCGGCCCUUUGCGGUCGUUGGACUCAAGUCGGAUGCUCGAGACAAAGCUGCCCGCGAGUCGCCCGGUGGCGGUAGUCCAGAGUCUGGCUUUGUGACCUUCGAGAUGGGCCUCGAGCUCGCCAAGAAAAUGUCGGCUACGCGAUACGUCGAGUGCAGUUCCCUCAGCGGCGACGGCAUCCAAACCGUCUUUGGCGGCCUCGACAGUGACAUCAACACGGACGAAGACAACUUCAUCACCGAGGUCGGUCGGCGCCGGGCAAAGAGUCUCACUCCCGCAAGUGCAAAGAUCGUCCGGGACGUUGGCAAGGCUCAUGAGCACGACGAUGACGACGACAACGACCAUAGCAAAUCCGAGGCUCGCAAGCACGACUCCAAGACAUCUGCGUCGUCCAGGCAUCGAAAAGAUGGGUCCGACCCCGAUGUCUCCGACAGAACCCGCACCGACAGAACCAAGAAAGAAAGGAGCACCGCCGCUCGAUCGAGCCAUGUUGCCGAUAAGGACGACUCGCGCAACUCUCGUCGCAACCGCGAUCCUUCGGCGCCUGCGAGCGAGCGAAGGAAGCGGGAUCCUUCCGCCGCGCCACUCAAACGAAGCGAUACAACCCAUCGCAAGACCCAGUCGAUGUCGUCCUCGACAGCAGCAGGGGCCAAGCCCGCCGUCCGCACCAGCACCGUCUCCAAGGAUACCUCAUCGUCGGGCGAGGCACGAUCGCCCCGCAGCUCCGCCAUCAACGGGACGUCUUCGCUUUCCAGAACCACGACGGCACCUUCCAGUAGCGCCACGCGGGUCCGCAGCUCGACCUUUACCUCGCCCGACACUGCCCCGCCGCGGGGCUCCAGUACUGCGUAUUCCUCAUCCUCCACGCUUCGCAAGCGGGCCUCGAUCUCGACUAUUUCGACUGCUUCGCGCCGCCAGAGUGCCGUUUCUGCAGAGAAUCCACCCACGCCUCCCGAGAAGACUCUCCGCUCGGCGCGCUCGAUAUCACGGCUCGACCGAGCUGCUGCGUCGCCGACCCCGAGUGCUUCUGCUCCCAACUCUCGCCGAUCCUCUAUCCGACCGGGACCAGAGCCUCUGUCGGCUUCGGUCGUGCAGACAGCAGCUUCCACCAAUGCACUGCGAGCCAGCCCUGAGCCCGUCGAAGCUGGAAUCCCGGCUCCGGCCGUGCCAGUCGCUCGACCCCGUAGCGUCUCCUCCGCCGCCACCGUUGGCUCGUCCACCAGCACGCCGGUGCCACCCAAGCGAGUGUCGCGCAUCACUCCCACCCCGGCUCCGGCUGCUGCAGCGUCAAAGCGCCAGCCACAACAGCCGACGCCCCCGCUCUCUCCGGCCCCACAAGCACCGCCCACGCCGCCAGCCAAGGAGCGUCGAGUUCCUGUGUGGGAACGCCUGGCCAGCAGCGUCAACGACAAGCGCAAGGGUGCCGAGGCCAAAACCGGCAACCACGGCGGCGGAUGGAAGUAGUCGAUCCUCCGGCACAUGAUUGCUGGAAUACAAUCGUGUCUGAAAGCUAUGAUCCAUGGAGCUGCUGCGGUGCAACGAACCCGGGUCUCCUCCUGCCGUGCGAUCGUGCACGAAGCACAGCAGUUGGCGAUAGAGACGAAGCUACAUACCCGGCGGCUCCGUUGUAUGUAUGUAUCGAGGAGUUGACAUCCCCCAGGAUAUCCAAGGAUGGUCAUUGGUACCCUCCUCCGACCCCCCUUAUAUUUUGCGUCUCUGGUAUCUGAAUACAUCUCAUGUCCCUUAUAGCACAGUCAAUACGAAAAGUUACGGGACAGCGACCCUUUUCUCUGGCAUCAGCGAC